GGAGAAGGGACGGAAUGAGAGAGCGGGGGGAUGACUGCAUGAAAAGGGGGGAAAAAAACAAAAAAACAAAAACAAAACAACAAUCAUGACUCCCGUAAUUCAUCCUUCGUUCUUUUAUAAAUCACAAUGCGUGGUCUGUUCACCUAGUAUGCUGCAAUAAAUGACGAGCCUCCCCGAUAAGUGUAAGCUGGCUUGAGAGAAAUGUCAUCUCCGGGCAUGGGCACCCCCAGUGACCCCCUUUUGGCCAGUCCAGGAGGGAGGUUACCCACAGCUCAGGAAGGUCUCUGGAGGAGCUCACUCUCCAAAACCGCCAGCUUCCCAACGUCCACCACCCGGCACCUCAGUCACCGAGCCAACAACUUCCAGAGACAGCCAAAGCGCCCGAAGCUGAUUAGACCUUCACCACCUCCGCCGCCCAACACACCCUGUCCCCUGGACCAGCUGGACCUCAGUGAGCUUCCCCCAAGGCGUACCUUCCAAGAGCUGCUCUUCAAUGGCUGCGUACUGUUUGGUAUUGAAUUCAGCUAUGCCAUGGAAACGGCUUAUGUGACUCCUGUGCUGCUACAGAUGGGCUUGCCUGAUCAAUUCUACAGCCUGGUGUGGUUUAUUAGCCCCAUUCUGGGAUUCCUCGUUCAGCCUCUCCUUGGAGCAUGGAGUGAUCGUUGUACGUCCCGGUUCGGACGACGAAGACCUUUUAUUUUUGCCUUGGCUAUAGGGGCUCUGUUUGGUCUAACCCUGGUGCUGAACGGGCGGGACAUUGGAGGUGCGCUGGCUGACACUGCAUCCAAUCACAAGUGGGGAAUUAUCCUGACGGUGUGUGGUGUGGUCCUGAUGGACUUCAGUGCAGAUUCAGCCGACAACCCGAGCCACGCCUACAUGAUGGAUGUGUGCAGUCCAGAGGACCAGGAUCGGGGGCUGAACAUCCAUGCACUACUGGCAGGACUAGGAGGGGGUUUUGGCUACAUCGUGGGUGGCAUCAACUGGGACCAGACACAAUUUGGAAGGUUGAUGGGAGGUCAACUGCGGGUCAUAUACCUGUUUACGAGUAUCACUUUGGUGUUCGCCACAGCCAUGACUCUGUUGAGUAUCCCCGAGCGGCCGCUACCAAAGAACAAAAACUCCAGCAAAGCUCAUCUAAAAAGCCCCAGCCUCGCCCUUCCUCCCUCUCCUCCUGUUCCCCCAGCUUUGGGACUGGAUGAGGAAGACGAGGAAGGUCUUUACAGCUACAAUUUUUCAACGUCUCACCCAUAUAACUCUGACCAUCUUGCCCAUUCUUGCAGUGCCAAUGCAAGGCUCUGUGCUGGCCUCACUAGCCCCAUAUCGCCCAUGAGCCCCCUCACUCCGAAAUAUGGCAGCUUUAUUAGUAGGGACAGCUCGCUCACUGGCAUCAAUGACUUUGCCUCUUCAUUAGGAACCUCCUAUAUAGACAGUGUGCUCAUAAACUGCUACACAGGUCAGCAGACACCACAAGCCUCUGCCAAUUCCACCACUGUGCUCCUGCCUCCUGGGGACUCUCCUCCCCCUGACGAAUCCACGCAGGGAUCAGGGAGCCAUCCUGCAGGACAGACCCAGGCCAACGUGGUGUCUCAUCCAGCUGGGGAAGCUCAGGAUGCAGAAGCGCCCCAGCCUGAGGGAGAAGGACAAUCUCAGGUCACAGCUGGGGCUCAGCCUGGUGCUGGAUCACAUAGAGGCUCUUCUGCUGGUAUCCUGAAGCGACCCCAGAGUCUUGCACUAAUGGUGGACCCCAUUUCAACCCAGAUUGGUGGGCUGGAGAACGGACGCAGGAGAACAGUGACCUUCAGCCAGCAGGUUGCAAACAUUCUGCUGAAUGGGGUGCGCUAUGAGAGUGACCUGAGCGAGAAUGUCGAGACUGGAGAGUCGCAAUUGUCAAUAAGGCUGCUGUGUGUAGCCAUUUACAGGAUGCCUCCCUCUCUGCGGAGUUUAUGCACUAAUCAUUUCCUGGGCUGGCUGUCCUUUGAAGGCAUGCUGCUCUUCUACACUGACUUCAUGGGGGAGGUUGUGUUCAAAGGAGACCCCAAAGCACCCCACGACUCUGAGGCUUACCAACGGUACAACGCUGGUGUUAGCAUGGGCUGCUGGGGCAUGUGCAUCUAUGCAUUCAGUGCUGCUUUCUAUUCAGCCAUAUUGGAGAAACUGGAGGAGCGUUUCUCUCUUCGCACUCUAUAUUUUUUUGCCUACCUGGCGUUCGGUUUGGGCACGGGCCUGGCCACACUAUCCACCAACCUCUACGUGGUCCUUUCUCUCUGUGUCACCUAUGGGGUGCUCUUCUCCUCUCUAUGCACGCUGCCUUACUCUCUGCUGUGUGAAUACUACCAGAGCCCUCAGUUUUGUGGCUCAUCGGAGGAAGGGACCAAACGAGGGAUGGGGGUGGACAUCUCCCUGCUCAGCUGCCAGUAUUUCCUGGCACAGAUCCUGGUCUCUGUGGCGAUGGGACCUCUGACCUCACUGGUGGGUGGGGCCCAGGGAGUGAUGUACUUUUCAAGCCUGAUGUCAUUCGUGGGCUGCGUGUACUCCUCUCUCUUCGUGGUGUACCAUCUCCCCCCCCCUGAGGGAAGAGGAGAAGUUGAAACUGGGGUGUGAAUCAGCAUUCAGUGGGAAACCGAACGAAACAGAAGAACAGCAAACAGGGAGAAGACUCAUGUGAACAAUGGGUAACCCUGAAGGUGGACAACACUGAAGGAAAAGACUGUGGGAGUUCAUAGAGCCAGCAGCAAGUGCUUAUUGUCAUCAUUAGGGCGCAUGCUUGAGGUAGUAGGCUUCUGCUCCACCCCCGCUCGGCCCAUCAACUCACUAUAGUGAUUAUCUUACUUUCGUUAGCCAGCUUCCUCCUUUUUUCCAUCCUAAAGAAGCCAUCUUCAUCAGCACAACGGUAGUUUUUUUUGUUUUUGUACAUCUGUUGUGCCAGAGCAAACAGUAUGCUUCGUCAGCCUCAACACAGGCACCAUGUCUGACUUCAGGGCUUUAACAAAAGGUUAAGUAUAUAACCUGUUUCAAGCCCACCAUUGUGAUAAGUUUCAUUGACCGGCGCUCACACUGAACACACCAACAUUAGACUGGUGCCAGUCUUAAUUGCUGCCUCAGCAGAAUGUCAAUUGCCUACUAUUUAAGCCUCCUGGACUGAAUGGAUGCACGCCAUGCUAACGUUUCUGAGGGAACAGCAACUGUAUGGAUCAUGCUGUUGCAGCUUGCUUGAGAAGAAAAUAAGUUUUUGUGUUAUAUGGUACCACCUAUUGCUCAAUAUUUGCAGUUUUACUGUAAAAGCUACUUUUAGUCAGGGUUCAGUUCAAACUAAAAUGAUAAUUUUGCCAUUUUGGACUCCUGUGUCAGUUAUUGUUUUUCACUGAUAACCAUUAUAGCCCAUACCAGUUGUCCUUCCAGCUCACUUCAGAAAUAAUGAUCUGCAAUCUUUAAGCACACCACACGGGGGAGCCAGGAGACAAGACUGCAAUCCAUUCUGUGCACCCAUUUCCAUUACCAAGUGAAUUAGAUUAUUCCUGUUCCUUCCUGCAGCUAAGCCAGCCAUUUUCCAUGAUAAGAAAAAUUGGGUCAAGUGACAUCAUCUACUUAUAAAACCAUGGUUUUAAGAAGCACUAAUGAUCAAGUAACACACAUAAAAAAAAGAUAUACUUAAGUAAAAAGACAAUUUAUUUGUUAAUCAGAAUAUACAAAGCAGUGGCUGAAGUAACCGAAUGUCAUUCUGGUUCUGAGAAAGGCAGUCUUGGACACAAAACUGGGCUACCCAGCCACAACAUAAAACUCAUUGAAAUUGUAAGAAAAACAAAAGUAUAAAUGGUACAAACUUGCAUGGAAUGCAUACAGAACAAAUGACCAAAGUGUUAAGAUUUAAGAGGGGUUAACUAACAUUGCAAAAUUCUACCUCCAUAAAACAAGGUCAAGCAAUCUUAUGAGGAAGGCGCAAGACGGAGCCCCUUUAUACAUUUGCACCAUCUGUUAUGUUAACAGGGCAGCCAAGCCAAGGAUUAGCAAGCAGCUCAACACAAAAAAAUGAUGCCUCAACUAAUAAUGCUAACAACUGUCCAUUAGCCCCUGCUUAAAACUUAUCUUUGGUCCUUAAGUGAAUCUGAGAGGUCAACAUGAGCCAUGGAGGAGUUGAGCAGCUACCUGUACGUAUGAAUCAUCUGGUCAGCACUGACAUAAUAGAGAUUGUGCUUCUAACAUCCUGAAAGAACACCUCAAGAAAUGAUCUCAUGGUGUGGCCCAAUUUGUACAAGUAAAGACAAAACAAAGCUCAUUUUAAAGACCAAUAAAUAACAUUUCAUAAAAAAAAAGAAAAAAAAAAAAAAAAAAAAAAAGAUUCAGGGCCACUAUGUUUAAGGACUCCAGUGCAAUGUGAUAACAUGGGAGCAAACAAAAAGAAAUAUUUCUCAAAAGGUACAGAAAGCACAAGCCCUACAACGCGGUGUUGACCAGGCUGGUGGGACAGUGCUGAAAAACAAGUAGCAGGGCAGAGACCUAAGCCUUCACUUCUGCCUCUUUUGAAUCUCCAUUUUCCUCCGUCUUCUGCUUUUUUGUCUCCACCUUCUCCUAUUUAAAAAAAAAAAGAAAAAAGAAAAAAAAAGGGAAACAUUUCAGGCAUUAGCAAAGACUGAAGUUCACCAGAUUAGUCAACGCACUUGAUUAUAAUUGUAUAUUUCAGCCCGGUGACAACCCACCUCCUCCUCCUCCUCCUCCUCCUCUUCAGCUGCACGCUUCACAG